AUGGCAGAAAUAUUUCUAUUCAGUAUUGCAGAAAAUGUUUUGGGAAAGAUAGGAUCUCUUGCCCAUGAAGAAAUAUGUUUGGCACGGGGUGUAGAGAGCAAUAUGAAAAAGCUUGUUGAGAACUUAUUAUCCAUCAAAGCUGUUCUCCUGGAUGCCGAGGAGAAGAAGGCACAUAACCACGAGCUGCGUAUCUGGCUUGGGAGGCUUAAGGGUUUCCUCUAUGAUGCCGAAGACGUGAUGGAUGAGUUUAAUUAUCAAGGGCUUCGCAAGCAAGUGGUGAAAGAGUAUGGAACCAUACAAACCAAGGUACACAAAUUAUUCUUUUCAAGCUCAAAUCCACUUGCAUUCCGUUUCAAAAUAGGUCAUAAGAUUAAUAAGCUUAAGGAGAGACUAGAUGAUAUAGCAGCUCAGAAGUCUAAAUUCCAUCUCACGGAGCUACUUACUUACGGCAUGGUGGGGCACAGAGAAAGGGAGAUGACUGAUUCCUUUGUGCGUGCAUCAAAUAUUAUUGGAAGAGAUGCCGAUAAGGAAAAACUCAUGGAGUUUCUGUUGAAAUCAGAUGAUCAAGCAGCAAGUAUAAUCUCUGUUAUCCCUAUUGUUGGAAUAGGAGGAUUGGGAAAGACUACUCUAGCUAAGAUGUUAUACAAUGAUAAGAGAGUAGAUGCACAUUUUCAACUGAAAAUGUGGGCGUGUGUCCCUGAGGAUGAAUUUGACAAGAAGAAGAUACUAGUAAAAAUGCUCAAGUCCUUAAAUGAUCAAGAUGUUAGUAACUUGGAUACUGACCAGUUACAAGCUCGCAUUCAAGAUCAACUAAACGGAAAUAAAUUUUUACUUGUCUUGGAUGAUGUGUCGAUAGUCGAACGUAUUCGCAGUAAAUGGGUUGAGCUGAAAGAAUUGUUGCAAGCAGCUGCCAUUGGAAGUCAAGUCAUUGUAACAACACGUAAUCAUAGAGUCUCAGAUCUUGGAGGACCUGUGAAGAGAAGAAAGAUGGCAACAAGUUCAUCAGGCUUACCUACACCUCCAGUAUUCUCUGGUGAGGGCUUCGAUUUUUGGUUAGUGAAGAUGGAGGCACUAUUGCAAGCUCAUGACUUGUGGUCUGAAAAUGGGUAUACACCCAUAGAAAUUACAGAAACUUCUACUGUGAACCAGAUCAAGCAGCAGAAGGAGAAUCACACCAAGAACUUUAAAGCCCUCUCAUUUUUACACGCAGCUGUAUCUGAGGUAAUUUUUGCAAGAAUAGUUGGUUUAAAAAGUGCCAAAGAGGCUUGGGACAAGCUCAAGGAGGAGUUCCAAGGCAGUGAAAGAGUGAGGUCAGUGAAAUUACUAACUCUCAAGAGAGAAUUUGAACUUCAGAGAAUGAAGGAAAAUGAAACUGUAAAAGAGUACUCAGAUAAGCUGGUUGAGUUAGUUAAUAAGAUGAGGUUGUAUGGUGAGGUGAUUUCAGAUCAAAAGGUUGUAGAAAAGGUUUUAAUAAGUCUACCAGAGAGGUUUGAGGCCAAGGUUUCAGCCAUUGAGGAAUCUUGUGACCUCAAGAAGCUCACUGUCUCAGAACUAUGCAGUAAGUUGCAGGCACAGGAGCAGAGGGCAUCAAUGAGUAGUGAAGAUGUUUCUGAAGGUGCAUUUCAAGCCAAGCAUAAGAACUGGAAGCAGGGACCUUCUUCAAAGGCAGGAAAGACUUCAAAUCAGGAUAAAGGCAAAGGGAAAUCUGCUGAGAAUCCUGAGCAGACCUCUAAGAAGGGAAAAUAUCCUCCUUGUGGGGUGUGUAAAAAGACUAACCAUUUGGAGAAGGACUGCAGAUUCAAAGAAAAGUGA